GCAUGUGAAGGGAGAUAACCUGUAGUGAGCAAACCCGUUGCAGCAGACGGACAAUAUAGAUCAGAAAAGUCUGUGAGGCGGAUUGUUGGAAAUACUGCCAGUUGAAAGAACAAAAGUUUCAUAGUUUUAGAGAACAGGUGGUUUCAGGGUAUCUUUCUGGCUCUUAUUUUCCAAGUGACAGAAACAGUCAAGACAAAGCUACAAAAAAUUUCUUACAGAGGAUAAAGACACAUGCAAAUUGUUAUAAAAUUUCUAGAAAGAGAGGUGAAUGGCUUCAGUAAUCACUUCUGAUGCUGAAUGCAUCUUGUGUAAGUGUAUAGAUGCAGGAGACUUGGAAGGUGUCAAAUGGUACCUUAAGGAUGUAAAUGCUGCACCUCGCUUUUGCACUUGCCCUGAGAACAGUUCAGUGUAUAAACUCAUUAAAUUUUACCAAAAUUUUCUCAGUGCAUCACGGGAAGAUCACGUGCUGAAAUCAGAUGUAUGGAAAAGCCCCUCAGUUUUUAGCUCAAGCAAAAGAACAGAUGUGCUGGAAAUUAUAGCUAACUUACUGGGAGCAGGAGUAAGGAUCAAUUAUAGGACAGGUGUGGAAACACCACUCAUGGCUGCUCUUUCAACUCACGAUGAACACCUCCUUGGCAUGAUGCUUGACUUUGGGGCAGAUGUUAACAUGCAGGAUAGCUCAGAGGACAUAAAUGCACUUGGACUGGCAAUUCUGCUGAAUGAAGUCUCUUUAGUGGAACUUUUGUUAAAACAUGGAGGUCAAGUCAAUGCCCCAUGUUGUGGCAGCCUUGUACCUAUACAGCUGGCAUUAAAUAAGAACCCAGCUGUUUCGGACAUGCUAAUCCAGUAUGGUGCAGACUUGCACUUCCUUAGCACUAUCUCACCUGGCAGUGAGUUGUUCACCAUCAACUGUCCAUUGGUCAUUGCUAUUAUCAGGAGAAAUGCCCACCUGGCAGAACUACUGUUAGAUCAUGGUGAAGAUGUGGAUCAAGCAUAUGGAGACAGCCUGGAAUCACCUAUUCAUCUAGCUAUCCGAGAAGAUGACGAAGAGAUGGUCAAAGUGUUAAUUCACUUUGGGGCCAAUCUCAACAAAGCUAGCACUCAAGGUCAUACCCCUCUGGGCCUGGCUUUGACCCUUGCUCAGCCUAGAGGAACUGCAAUUGCAAAAAUACUGGUGCGAUCAGGAGCUUUUCCUAAUAAGAAAACUAUUAUUUCCUUUUUCCAGAAGAUCUAUACACCUUUACAUAUUGCCUGUUUUAAAGGUAAUUUUGAAUUUGUGAAGUUUCUUGUGGAAGAGGCAUUCAUACAAAAUGAUAAAUUUCUGGGAGAUUAUUUGGAAGAAACAGCAUCAGAAAUAUUAAUCCCGUCUUCAAGUUGGAAUAACUUUCGAUAUUACAGAAAGCAAGGAGGGCAAGUUGAUAUAUUUGGGCGACCAAGAAUUCCUUCUAGAUUUUCACCAAGACGAAUGUUUAACAGGAAUACAUUCUUCAAUCUUUAUGAAAGGGCUGGCCUGGAUCCCCCAUGCAGCAGAUACAGUACUGGAAAUGAUGUCUCUGGCAUAUCAGCCUCAUCAGAUCAACCAGCAGAAGUCAGGCUUUUACAGCCAGAUUUGUCCUUGAGAUCUCAUAAUGAUGAUGGAUAUUCUUCAAAUCAUUUAAAUGAUCUAGGCUCUUCCAGACUUUCAAGCACUUCCCAUCCCAAAGAACAAGAACUAGAUAAUGAUAAAACUGGUACAAGAUGGGCAGAAACAGCUGUUAGUCAGCCAACUCAAAGCAGUGCAAAUGAAAAGCACGAUGACACUCAUGAUGCCUUAGCACAGGUCAAUAAUGCAGAUGGUUCAGAUUUCUUGCUAGAUUCUUUACAUGCAAAACCUGAAGCAGACAGAGAAAGUCAAGAAAUUAAGGAAGAAAUAACAGCCUCUGCAGAUGAUGACUUUGAAGCAAAUAUUCCUGGAACUAGUGCUUCUGUUGCAGUCCCUGUUGAUAGUCAACCUCAUGAAAACUCUCAAUUUGCUCUUGAAAAACUUGUUUUCCAGAAUGAAUUUGGUUCUAAAAGGGAAGAAGAAAGAAUCUUUGAAAACCUUCAACAUCUUGAACAAAAUUAUGCAAAACCAAUCGAGAAAAAUGUGCACAUGCAAGGUAAAAAUAACAACACGACUUCUAGAUCAGAAAUCGAGGUAAAGCAAAAAUGCCAAACACAGAGGCUAAGGCACUUGCUAAAUCAGGGAACUGUUGAUGGAUCAACACCACUUUUCAUGGCUGCUUUUAAUGGAGACCUCCAGAUUGUGGAAUACUUGCUUAAAGCAGGAGCAGAUGCUGACUUCUUCUGUGUGCAUGGAAACUUUUUUCAUGCUGCUGUUCUGAGUCAGAACAUAGAUGUGAUAAAGAAAGGCUUUGAAAUAGACUGUGAUAUCAAUCACUGCAACUCUUUUGGUAAUACUCCUCUAAUUUUAGUGAGUCGCAUUGAUCUCCCAGAAGCUUGUGAACUCCUGGUGACCAGGGGUGCUGAUAUGAAUGCACGUGACAGGUUUGGUGAGACAGCUCUCCUGGGUAGUGUGUACUUUGGCUGUGAGAAAAAUGCCAGGAUCUUGAUACAGCAUGGUUCUGCCAUAGAUGCAGUCGAUGACAACAGCACAUCAUCACUCUACUGGGCCUUCUUUAACAACCGUGAAGCCACACUCAAACUCCUCCUUCUGGCAGGGCACACUUCACUCCACAAAUGCUCAGCCAAUACCCUCGUAAUCUCCGUGUUAUGCACAACAUGCCCCUAUCAUCAUGGAUAAGGCAACACAUUAGCCAGCCAAGGUCACUGCAGGCUCUCAGUUGUUUAAGUGUUCGAAAUCACCUAAUUAACGUCAGCAAUGGCAGGAGCAUAUUGUGGAGAAUCGAAGCUUUGCCAAUCCCAAGUCGUCUCAAAGAUCUGCUGCUUUUA